AGAUCGAUUUGGAGGGCGGGACCUGCGGAGCUAGGAGGAGCUGUUUUAGGGUGUUGUGAAUUCGUUUAGCCAAGACAUCUUGAGUGGGAGUUGUCAGGAUCGAUUUGUUGUCCGUUUUGUCCGUCUAUUCGCACCGAUUACCACCCGCCAGCCGCAGCCAUGCCCGGGAUAGAGAAGCUACCGAUAGAGGAGACGCUGGAGGACAGUCCGCAGACCCGCUCCCUGCUGGGAGUGUUUGAGGAAGACACUGCAGCGAUGUCCAACUACUGUGCACAGCUCUAUCAGGCCAUGCAGAGGAUUUAUGAUGCACAGAAUGAGCUCAGUGCUGCGACACACCUGACCUCGAGACUGCUGAAAGAGUACGACAAACAGCGCUUUCCCCUAGGGGGCGACGAUGAGGUGAUGAGCUCCACCCUGCAGCAGUUUGCAAAAGUUAUUGAUGAGUUGAGUUCCUGUCAUGCUGUCUUGUCCACCCAGCUUGCAGAUGCCAUGAUGUUUCCCAUCACUCAGUUUAAAGAGAGAGAUCUGAAGGAGAUCCUUACUCUCAAAGAAGUCUUCCAAAUAUCCAGUGAUGAUCAUGACAUAGCCAUCAACAGAUACAGCCGCCUGUCCAAGAAGAGGGACAACGACAAGUUGCGUGCGGAGGCCGUGGAGGACGUCUACACCUCCCGCAAGAAACAGCACCAGACCAUGAUGCACUACUUCUGCUCCCUUAACACACUACAGUACAAGAAGAAGACUGCUCUGCUGGAGCCGCUGCUGGGCUACAUGCAGGCCCAGAUCAGUUUCUUUAAGCUGGGUUCAGAAAACCUCACCCAGCAGUGGGAGGACUUCCUGGGAACCAUAGGAACCAGUGUCCAGAAUGUGCGUCGGGAGAUGGAGGCAGAUGUCGGCCAGAUGCAGGAGACCAUCCAGGAGAUGGAGAGAUCAUGUGACGGGCUGUAUGCACCAUGUGACCCUGACCCCGCCCACUCACCUGUCUGUCGCAACCUGACCAGGAAACAGGGUUACCUGCACAUCCGCAAUAAGACGGGGCUGGUGUCGUCGUCCUGGGAGCGUCAGUACUUCUUCACGCAGGGCGGUAAUCUGAUGCAGCAGGGCCGCGGCGAGGUGGCGGGCGGGCUGGUCACUGACCUCGACAACUGCUCCGUCAUGGCGGUCGACUGUGACGACCGCCGCUUCUGCUUCCAGGUCACUUCCUUCGAUGGCAAGAAAGUGGUGACGCUGCAAUCGGACAGCAGGAAGGAUUGCGAGGAGUGGAUCGCCACCAUCAACAACAUCUCCAAAAGGAUCUACCUGAGUGAGAACGCAGAGGUCUGUGUCCUGCUUCCCUCGUUAACUUUUAUUUACCUGGUCACAGAUCACGGUGGAGAUUUUGGCAGCUAUCUUUAGAUGUAGCUUAGCCUGGUUUCAGACCUCUGAGUCACCUCUGAGUUAGGCCGGC